AUGGCGGCGGAGACGGCAAGUGUGCUCGACCCGUCCUAUGAAGCAUCUGCUCCAGUGGUUCCGAUUUUAACUAUCCUCCACUUUAACGAUGUUUAUGAGAUCCAGCCGCGCGCGGAGGAACCCGUGGGGGGCGCGUCCAGGUUUGCUACAGCAUUAAAACAAUUUAAAGCACUAAAUCCCUUGAUACUUUUUAGUGGUGACUGCUUAAAUCCUUCCCUCUUAAGUACAACUACAAAAGGACGACACAUGAUACCAAUUCUUAAUGCUUUUGGAGUACAGUGUGCAGUAUUUGGAAAUCAUGAAUUUGAUUUUGGAGUUGACCUAUUGGAAGAAAUAAUAUCAGAUAUGCAUUUCCCUUGGUUACUCAGCAAUGUGUAUGACUUAUUUACUUCUGAACCACUAGGACAUGGUAUAGGAAGCAAGUUAUUGGAAUGGAAUGGUGUAAAAAUCGGUUUGAUGGGAUUGGUGGAAGAAGAAUGGAUUGAUACUUUACCAACUAUUGAUAGGACAAAUGUGAACUUUAUUGAUUACGUCAUUGUUGCUAACCAACUUUCUGAAGAUCUUCGAACCAAAGGUGCACAACUUCUGAUUGCCUUGACACACAUGAAAUGGAGUAAUGAUAUUAGACUUGCAAGGAACACUGAUGGGUUGGACCUGAUUCUAGGAGGCCAUGAUCAUGAUUAUGGCACCAAAUUAAUUAAUGGAACUCUAAUCAUCAAAAGUGGAUCAGAUUUUAGAAACCUAACCAAAAUUGACAUUACAAGACCUUUUGAGAAUAACUAUAAGUACACCACACAAAAGAUAAACAUUACAAAAGAUUUAGAGGAAGACGCUUCUGUGAGUAACAUUGUCCAAGAAUUUACUUCUAAUUUGGAGCACCUGUUGGGAGAAGUGCUUUGUCAGAUAGAGGUAGAACUGGAUGGCCGUUUCACCACAGUAAGAAAAUCAGAGAGCAGUCUAGGGAAUCUUGUUACCAAUGCUAUGCUUGAAGCCACACAUGCUGAUGUGGCACUGCUUAAUUCAGGUACGUUACGCUCAGAUCGUUUACACCCACCAGGUGAUUUCACCAUGCAUGAUCUUUUGAUGGUUUUGCCUAUUGUGGAUCCACUCUUGGUCGUUCAGGUGACAGCUGAACAAUUAUUGGAAGCGUUAGAAAAUGGGGUUAGCAUGUAUCCAGAACUUGAUGGAAGGUUCCCUCAAGUGGCAGGAUUAGAAUUUGGAUUUGAUCCAAGUGCCGAACCUGGGCACAGGAUUGUAGUGGACUCGGUGAAGGUACAGGGACAGUAUUUGGACAGAAACAGAACAUACUUACUUGCAAUCAAGGAAUACUUAGCAAAAGGCAAGGAUGGAUAUGUGAUGUUCCGUAAUUGUCAGUGGAUGGUUGACACAGAAACUGCUCCCAGUCUCUCUACUGUUGUCAUUAAUCAUUUUGAAUCAGUAAAAAUUGUUCAAGGACUUAAGAAAUGUAAAUCUGGACAUCGCAUGGGUUUAAUCAAAGUCUCACACUCUGCAUCCGUAACAGAUUUUGAAAAGAAAGCUGAUGACAAAAUUGUAGUUGCCCCUGUUCCUGAAGUGGAAGGAAGGAUAUAUCACGUAACUGAGGAAAUGAAACAACACCUUAGGCAACUACGCUCUGAACGAGAAAUAGGCCAAAGGACAUUUUCCUUAGAUCUUCAUAGUGCAGAUAACACAAUUGGUUGUAAAUUAAAGUAG